AUGGCACUCACGCUUCGUCGACGCGCCGCACCAGAGAGCUUAUUAGAUUCCAGUCCACGUGGCGAGGAGUGCGCCGCUUCUAAGAUCCCCGAUACGGCUCCCUGGAGGUGCUUCGAAGCGCUUUCCGGGAUCCGCUCUCGUUCUCCCUCCGCGCGCCACUCUUCCGCCAAUUCAGCGCGCCAUCUACGCGCGACGUUGCUCCCCGCGAACUACUCCGAGCCUCCGCACGAGCUGCUGCUUCCCGCGCACCAACAAGAUCCCGCCACGUGGCAACUCGAGCUGCUCUCGGCGAUCGGCGCGCCCGCAUCGGCACAGGUGUUUUCCGCGCGGAUCUGCCCGCGCCUGGUGGUAUUCUGGGCGAUUGCGCCUAGCAGCGCGGAGAUCAACGAGCGCGCGGGGAGGCUUGCGCGGAUCUCCCACAUUUACGGAGACGCCCUAGCAGGUCACGCACUCUUCGACCCCCCUUCGACCCAGGCGCUCGAGCCGCCUUCAAAUCCAUCCAAACUUGACCCACCAUCUCCCCUCUCUAUCGUAACGUGUCAACAGCUAUCUACACCUACUAACCUCCCCUCCCCACCAUCGCUUGAAGCGUCUCUAAAGCCAUCUACCCUCCACCCCUCGCCUCCUCUACCUUGUGCGCCGUUUAGAGAAUCAUUGUCACUGCAUCCCCCGCCGCCCCCGGCGCUGUGCCUGGCCUCCCUCCUCCCUUACGACGUCGCCGAGCGAAUCUUCCUCGCCCUUUCCUUCGCUGACCUCAUCAGUUGCGCCGCUGUCUUCGUCCGGGCAGCUGAAGCAGGGAACCUGGAUGCGUGUGUGAUUAUGGCGAGGGUGAUGGAAGCGAGGGGGGAGCAGCAGAGGGCGCUGGAGUGGUACAGGAAGGCGGCGAGAAUGGGGCACCAGGGGAGCCAGUAUCGAAUGGGCGAGGCGUACUAUAGAGGGGAUGGGGACUGGCCGCGGGACGAGGAGGAGGCUCUGGCGUGGCUGCUGCGUGCGGCUCGCAACGCCCAGGCGGAUCCUGUGCUCGGUGCUGCUGCUGCUGUGAGUAUCUGA